AUCACCCUUUGCCGUAGUUUCAACCGCUUCUUCAGCUUGAACUGUACUCGACCAUCCGCUCGAGACAUCUUGGAGACUACACCGCCGAUUCAUGCCUUGGUCCUUGCCAAAGUUGUCAUUGCACAAACCCAAGCAUCUUCUCGGCCUGACGAGUGCUGUGUCGCAAAACCGCCUCCCUGGCGCUGUUGCGUGUUGGAGAAUGGAUCCUGGAGGCAUGGCAGUGGACCCAAGACCGGACGUGUACUCAUAGUAGCCCGAAUGCGAGUCAGUCGGUAUACUCACCCUAAGCUGUCUCUCUCAGCGCACGAGUGAGGGCAUUAUCUUUGCCUCGGGGCCUUUUGUAGAACGACAGUCCUAAACCAAGGGAAGCUACCGUGGUUCCGUUCCUGCAGGAGGGAGAGUGGAAAGAAGUCCCUUGUUCCCUCGAGACAGAGAAGCGGACCGCCAAAGACCGAAAGACACGCUCCGCGGCCUGGUUGUUAAAGCCUGGUUGGCCCCGCUGAUCAGGGCCCCCGAUCAGCAGCCAUGUGGUCUAUCUGUCAAUCGUUACCUUGCGCGUCGACGUCUUCCUCCGAGACAGGAUGGAUGACCUUCCUCCAGAGUAUGUCAAUGCUAGCAACGCAGGCCGGAUCGUCGGCGUCGUCGGCGUCUUCCACCUUUUCGCCCUGACGUUCGUUUCCCUGCGGAUCUACGCCCGGCUGUUCAUCCUCAGGGCUUUCGGGGCGGAAGAUGCGCUCAUCAUCGUCGCCGUCCUCCUCGCCCUCGUAGCCUGGAUAUGCUUGAUUCUCCAGAUACCCUACGGCCUUGGACGGCAUGGCCUGACGGUUCCGACGGCAGACCGCAUCGACUUCGAACGCAUCACAUUCUGGAAGACAGUGCUCUCCGAUGGCGUUGCCAUGGGUCUGCUGAGGAUCUCCAUGGCGAUCAGUUUGCUGCGGCUCAAGAAAGACCUCAACUGGUAUCGAUGGUCGUUGUACGCUUUGAUAGGAUUCGUUGUGGCCUAUUCCAUCCAAGCGAUUGUCUGGUUGUUCGUGUACUGCACUCCGUACUCGGGCUGGUGGGAGUUUCAGUGGAUGAAUCCGUUCGACCCUAGGUGCCAUGACUUCAACGUCUUUCUCAACCUCACGUAUUGGAACGUUGCCUGCAACAUCUUCACCGAUGUGUGCCUUGGAGCUUUGCCAGUUCCCAUUAUCUGGAACCUCAAGAUGAAGUUUCGAGUUCGUUUCUACGUCAUUGGCAUCCUGAAUCUAGGAUACUUUUCGAUCGUCAUGGGAAUCCUCAAAGCCGUCUUCAUGCUCACGACGGGCGGCGACCCGGACAACAUCUUCAACUACUGGGUUCACUUCUGGCAAAACCUUCAACUCAACGUGGGCAUCAUCGCGGCAUGCGCAUCGUUUCUCAAGCCGCUGUUUGGGCGCCUCCUGAAGCUCAACAGCUCUGCCGCCUACUACCCCAGCGACCCCCACUACAACUGGAGCGGCCAGACGCCUCUCGGCGCCGGCGGUUCGCGCGGCAACGCCUAUGCGGCGGGGAGGAGGGCGAGCAUCCCGCUGGAUCGCAGUCUGCAUGACGAGUUCGAGAUGCACACCAAGCACGGCCUCGGCGGCGGUGAGCCUCGGACAAAGGGAUCCCAGACGCCUUUGGAGGGGCGGUCGUCAGCCGAGGCCACAUAUGGGUACGCGCUGUCUUCGGAUGCGAACAGCGAGGAGGUCAUUCUUCAGCAAAAGGGAGUACAAGGGAUCGUGUGCAAGAGGGAUUUUAGCGUCAAAUACAGUAGCAAGUGACGGGGUCUGUAUGUCCGAGCUUGAGUUGGGGGUUAAUGGUUCGACAAAGGGUUACUUGAUAAACUCAUUCAGCUAUUGUCAUUUUUUAUCCAAAACCACAAGUCUAGCGCCCGGCAGAUUUAGAGUCAUCAGAAAAAGCCCCAGGGACAUA